CUCCCGCCGCGGCCCCGCGCAGGCGCAGUGGCGGCGCGGUGCGCGCGCGGCGGGCGUUGUGCGGCUGCGGCGGCGGCGCGGCCAUGGCGGGUUCCGCGGGGUCCGCGGGCGGCUCGGCGCGGAAGCGCCUCAUGAAGGAGGAGGACAUGACCAAGGUGGAGUUCGAGACGAGCGAGGAGGUGGACGUGACGCCCACCUUCGACACCAUGGGCCUGCGGGAGGACCUGCUGCGCGGCAUCUACGCCUACGGGUUCGAGAAGCCGUCGGCCAUCCAGCAGCGAGCCAUCAAGCAGAUCAUCAAGGGCAGGGACGUGAUCGCCCAGUCACAGUCGGGAACAGGGAAGACAGCAACAUUCUCCAUAUCUGUUCUACAAUGCCUGGAUAUCCAGGUUCGCGAGACCCAAGCCUUGAUCCUGGCACCAACUCGGGAGCUGGCUGUGCAGAUUCAGAAGGGGCUUCUGGCCCUGGGAGACUACAUGAAUGUGCAGUGCCACGCCUGCAUCGGGGGCACCAACGUGGGUGAGGACAUCCGCAAGCUGGAUUAUGGGCAGCACGUGGUGGCUGGCACUCCAGGCCGGGUGUUUGAUAUGAUUCGUCGCAGAAGUCUAAGAACUCGUGCCAUCAAAAUGCUGGUUUUGGAUGAAGCAGAUGAAAUGCUUAAUAAAGGCUUCAAGGAGCAGAUUUAUGAUGUGUACAGGUACCUGCCUCCAGCCACACAGGUGGUUCUGAUCAGCGCCACUUUGCCACAUGAAAUCUUGGAAAUGACCAACAAAUUCAUGACAGACCCCAUCCGCAUCCUGGUGAAACGUGAUGAGUUAACCCUCGAAGGAAUCAAGCAGUUUUUUGUGGCUGUGGAGAGGGAAGAGUGGAAGUUUGACACCUUGUGUGAUCUCUACGACACGCUGACCAUCACCCAGGCUGUCAUCUUUUGUAACACCAAGAGAAAGGUCGACUGGCUCACAGAGAAGAUGAGGGAAGCCAACUUCACGGUUUCAUCCAUGCAUGGGGACAUGCCCCAAAAGGAGAGAGAGUCCAUCAUGAAAGAGUUCAGAUCUGGCGCCAGCCGAGUUCUUAUUUCCACAGACGUGUGGGCUCGAGGCCUGGAUGUGCCUCAGGUGUCGCUUAUCAUUAACUACGACCUGCCCAACAACAGAGAACUGUACAUCCACAGGAUCGGCCGCUCGGGCAGGUACGGCCGGAAAGGUGUCGCCAUCAACUUCGUGAAGAACGACGACAUCCGCAUCCUGCGGGACAUCGAGCAGUACUACUCCACCCAGAUCGACGAGAUGCCCAUGAACGUUGCUGAUCUUAUCUGAAGGUCCGUGGUUAGCAGGAAGUUGUACCGUUUGGUACCCUCCAUCAUUCUGUUUUGGACCCACAUUCUUUUUUCGUAUUUUUGGUCAUAUGUUCUUGAGUUGAUCUGCACUUGGGAACUUAUGUAAAUAUUGUCUGUACUCCCACCCAUGUUUUUCAAUAAAAAAAGAGGAGGUUUUACCAUA